UAAGCAUCGGCAUGAUCUUUUGACUCCCAAAGAUUCACAGAAGACUAAACAUUUAUUACGCUGGUCACGCAGGUUAGGUGAGAUCUACUGUGCUUAGAGUACAAUGGCGGGAAUCUCAAAGUGUCGUCCAACCUUUUCGUGCGUGACAUAUUAGCUUCUACACCUGCGAUUAAAGACGUUAACCGUUGAGACAAUGAACAGAGGAUCUUCUGACUGUUUGUUAAUGAGACAUCAAGAUGGUAGCACCAAAAAUGAUCUCUUUUUGACUUCCAUCGAGAUACGUUUGAGUUCAAUUCUUUCUUUCCUCACCGUAUUGACACGAUUGAUUAGGGUUAUCCAAAGUCGAAAAGAACUGGGCUUUUGUUCUGCAAAAAACCACUUCUCACUUCUUCAAACACCAUUUUCUUCGCUUGCUGUGAAAUGUUGUGCUUUACUGUGGUCUGCCCUGUCUUCAAGAAACUAUAUGCUGAGAGAAGUGCAAGAAUAUCGAGUUCAGCUCUUCAGUAACUGUAUGAUAACUGAACUUACUAAUUGAUCAGGAAGUUAAGUCAAGAGGAAAUUUUGAACAAAAGGAAAUGUUACUUUUGCCUAUAAUAACAUAAUGCUAAGAUUUUCUUGACGAUGAAUGAAGAUGGAAGCCAUCAUCCCUCUUUGGGUUGAGGGAAGAUUAGUUUGGAUUACGGGUUUGACCAAACGGACUACCUGCAGUGAUGUCAUAGCCUCUGUCAUCAAAUUCCAGUGGGGAAAAUCGGACACAACUCAUGAAAAGUGGCAAUACAAAGUUAUAGAAAGAUGGAGAUGGAUGGAAAGACACUUACCUGGUCGUUGCAAAAUCUUGCGUAUCUGGCAGUCUUGGUGUGAAGAGCGAAAAAAUGUUUAUUUCCUUUUGAAGAAGAGAUCUUCAAAAACAGAAGCUGUUAGUAAGGAUAGGAGAUACACAAAAAUCAAGAUGCCGAAAUCAAGACAUGGCCACAAGAGCCAUCGGAGGAUGAAACUGAGGAAUGACCAAGUCGUUUUAGAUCGAGAAGAAUUGAAGAACAUUCUAGCGAUGCAACAAAAUGCCUUGCUUAUACAGAAAGAAAAGUUAGCCUUGCGAGAAUCAGAAAUCGAGGAAUACGAAACUUUGAUCCACAUGAACAGGAUGAAGCAGUCUGGAGAAAAUUAUCUUCAAGAUCUGUAUCUUGGAGGUGAAUCCAAUCUGUAUACGGAUAAAGAAAUAUCGGAAAAUUUACCCAAUUACUCUGAUGAUACUCUACAGGAAGCUACAUUUUUAUAUGAAAGGAUUUUAGAAAUAAGCAAACGAAUUGAAAAGCAAGAAGAAAGUAUCCGACUUUUAUCUGCCCAGAUUCGGCAUUCGGUGUCGGUUAAUGAUCCAUUUGAAGAUACUACCAAGGAAUGUGAAGCCAAACAAAACAACAAUGAGAAUUUUGUUAUAUAUUUGCAGAAAACUAAGAUUCGAACCGAAUGCCUAGCAGCAGUAAAUGAAACCCAGAGACUUGCUAUUGAACACAAUGAAAGAACACUACAAGAAUACGAUAAAAUUUUGUCGCAGAAACGAGAUUAUUUAGCUCAGCUUCAAGAUGAUUUGUACAGAGCUGAUGAUGAAUUGAAUAAUAUCCAAGAGGGAAACUACUCCAAGAAUAGCAACUUUGACGACAUGAAAUACGAUUUGACAGUGCCCAGAAAUGAUUUAAUUUUAAUUGAUAAUAGUUCGGAUACCGGCCUGAGUUCGUUACCUAGCAGUUGUGAUGAUAAUACUUAUAAUUUUAAUGAUAAAAAUAAGUAUUUUCUGGAUACAUUGGUUUAAUGGAUAAGGGGAAAGUUUGCUUUUAUACCAAAGUAGUAUACAAAUUUGGUUAUGUAUUUUAAGCAUUUUGGUUUGAAACAGAAAAAAAAAUACUGUUUUGAUGUAUUGUGAUAUUUAAUCCAACUGUGCAUGAUUUUCCAGUUUUUAUA